GGUCGCGCAACAACGAAUUUGGCUUGGCUAUAAAUAAUGACCCUUCCCUAAGACAUGCAGCGAUGCACAACCAAGUCAGAUGGGAACAGUUCGCUAUUAUGUUGAUAAUUCUCACCAAUUGAAGGAACAAUUGGGCUAUAUCAAACAAUCAACAGCACAGGUGGAAACAAAAUGGCAACACUGAACGAGAUCACUAGGGAUUACACAUGGGACAAAACCUCCCAAAUAUGGAUCGAGCAAUUCUCGCUUAUCACAAACUUAGUGCUACCUGUGGAGUUUGUCUAUGGGGACUGGUUCUGGUGGCAAGGGAACCACAAGGCCAAGCGAGCUGUCGCGGAAUGCCUUGCAAGUGCACACCCCCUGGACAUGGAGACAGGCAGCCAAUCGGAGGGGUUUUGCAUCCCUCGGUUCUUUAUUUCUAAAAGUGAUGCUCCGAAUGCUUUUUUAGUUCCGCUAGACGAAAGAGAGUAUUGGGAGCCUGAUCGGGAUUGCAUGCAAGAGGUACCGCAAGAGACAAACUCGAUAUUCACCAUAGAACAUUUAGACGACCCUCUGUAUGUCAAACUACGACUGAUUGGUCAAUGGAAAGCAGAUCAUCCACAAUACGGCAACACCAAGUACCUACACCAGGCUUUUAAUCUUCCCCUUGUUGGAGAAAAUGAUCCUUUUUAUAAAAUGAUAACGUCAAUUGGGUGGAGUUCUAGUAUUCAUGGCCCGGUUAGUAAGAUGGAUUACGGUGGGUUUCCAUGUGGUAGGGAAGAGGAUAGAACGAGCGUUUUCAAAUAUCCGACUGCUUGGCCAGAACCCGCCAUGGAAUGGAUGGUGCGAUCACGCGAAUUCAGCUGGCCAUCCGCUGACCUAAUCCAGGAUAUUGUGGACUCGGGCUGCCAUCUUGCUCCCGUGGGGAGGGGUAAGCGCAAAGGUGAACUGUUAACGCUCUUUCAAUACAACACGAGUCCAGACCGAGCGAAGAAUCCAGAACCGUCAAGCAGCAACGAAAUGGAUCAAUUCGAAUGGAGAGUCUCCUUUUCGAUCGCCGAAAACAAACUUGGACAAAGUUUGAAUCACGUCCAAAGACACACCAUAAUUUUGCUGAAAAUACUAAAGAAGGUUUAUUUCCCAGAAGUGGUUUCCUCGUAAUUCCUGAAAAACCUGCUUUUCUGGGAGUACGAGAAAAGAGACGAGUCAUUUUGGAGAGGGGCGACGUCUGGUCAGUGCCUACUGCGCAUGCUCGAUUGUCUUCAGGAAUGUCUAGAGAAAGGCCAUCUGCCGCAUUACGUCAUCCCCGAGAGUACUCUCCUGGCGGGCGAGGAUCCGCGCAUGCUUGUACAAGCAGCAGCCGCUGUGCCUGACGUCAGGAUGGACAUCUUGAGGAGAACCACAAGUGUUCUUAUGCGUCUGCAUACGAUAACUUAUUUGAACCACUUGUUUCUCCAAGGCAUUGCCCUUGAGCCAGUUCUUGCAAAGAUUCAAGACCCUUCACUGGGAAACACUGAAAUUCUUGAAAUGAUGUCUUCUACACUCAAGAUGUUCAUACCUCGGUACAUGAGAACCUUGCAUAAGAAUGCAACCGCUGAAGACUCAGGAAUUGAAGCCAUCAAAAUACAGAAGAAGGUUAACGAUUUGGCCUAUAAAUCCCUGCUUUCCAGGAAACUUGCACUAUUGUGGUUUCUUGGAAAUCGCAGAAACCAGGGUAGUAAACAAGACUUUGUUUUGUUUGUAAGAGAAGAGGUUGGUAUCAAAGAGGACGACGAUCUGAUGUCAUUCGCGUGUGAGCUCUUUGAUUUGGCAACUGGAGGAGAAAACCCGAACUUUAACCUCGCUCAAACAAAAGCUCUGAAGGAAAUUAAAAGUCUUCAAUUUGCUACACAGAUGAAAAAUUUCAAAGCUUCAAGUUCUCGGGAAGUCUUAGGAAUAAUAGGAAAACUUAACAGGAGUGAAAUCGAACAGGAAUUGAGGGAUGAACUAAAAGGUAAAGACGAUGUUCAAGAAAUCAAGAAAGUAGUACAGGAGAAACUGCGCUUUCUGAUAGAGAAGAAAAAUUCGGAACAAGGAUCCAAAAUGUGACGUUUCUUGAUUUGUCAAAGUGACUAAAGAUGCAAGGUGGUGAUAAAUAGGUUGUAAUCUUGAUGGUAGGGUGGUGAUGAUGAUUGCUUUAUCGGCAAUGUAUUUCUAUCACAAUCAAAUAGAAAUCCCUUCAAAAUUCGAAAUUCACCAUUUCCUUUCAUAUUUGAUUGCACACAUCCAUAUAUCUUAAAAAGUGAACUGAUAAUUUGGUAAAAUACAUUGCCAUCGAAGAGAGAAUGGCUGACAAAAGUGUAAGGAACCAGCUUGAAUCAAGACAAAUGCAUGUGCUUUCUAUUUGAUUUAAUUCAAGAAUACAGCAAGAAGGACACAACUAACACAGACACACUGAAGGCUAAGCUUGUUCUACUUAUACGCCAAUCAGACAGCAAUCCAUGUGGUAUAAAACCCAACAGAACAGAUGUAAACGUAAAAACAUUUCAAGAGGGGACGGGGGGAAUUUGGUAUGCUUAGCAAAAUUAACCAAUCAGCCAAAAGAGUAUGAGUGGGGUAAUCACCGAGUUGGUCCUCUUCCUAGCAUAUUUACAAAAAAGUCAUGAAGUCCAUCUAGCUCUAAACAGCAUUGAUGAUUGAGCAACUUUGGAAACUAAACUAUGCAUGCGCAGCAUCUACGUGACUACAACAGAUGUCUGUAAGAUUUCUGUAUAUAAAGUAAUGAUAAAGUCGAUGUCUAAACCAAGGGGUGAGUGUAGUAAGUGAUUUCAGAAAGAUGCUCAGAUAAACUUUUCCAGACCAAUUUCCAAAUAACUAAGUGUUCCGCCACGUUAUUAAAAUACAACACACCCCAGAUUGUGGCGAAGAAAAGAUAAUCGAAACACAGGUCUACAGACGACAUAUGACGUUCCACAAACUAGAUUUAAGAAAUCAACUAUAUAUGUUGAUAUAUAAACUUUGUUGAUAUAUAAACAAAGUCUGCUCUAUAGACUAGAUUUAAGAAAUCAACUAUAUAUGUUGAUAUAUAAACUUUGUUGAUAUAUAAACAAAGUCUGCUCUAUAGACUAGAUUUAAGAAAUCAACUAUAUAUGUUGAUAUAUAAACUUUGUUGAUAUAUAAACAAAGUCUGCUCUAUAGACUAGAUUUAAGAAAUCAACUAUAUAUGUUGAUAUAUAAACUUUGUUGAUAUAUAAACAAAGUCUGCUCUAUAGACUAGAUUUAAGAAAUCAACUAUAUAUGUUGAUAUAUAAACUUUGUUGAUAUAUAAACAAAGUCUGCUCUAUAGACUAGAUUUAAGAAAUCAACUAUAUAUGUUGAUAUAUAAACUUUGUUGAUAUAUAAACAAAGUCUGCUCUAUAGACUAGAUUUAAGAAAUCAACUAUAUAUGUUGAUAUAUAAACUUUGUUGAUAUAUAAACAAAGUCUGCUCUAUAGACUAGAUUUAAGAAAUCAACUAUAUAUGUUGAUAUAUAAACUUUGUUAAUAUAUAAACAAAGUCUGCUCUAUAGACUAGAUUUAAGAAAUCAACUAUAUCAAUUAUAAACAAAGUCUGCCCUGAAGAAGA